AGAAUUAAAAUAGGGUGCUGGCUUCCUCUGCAUACCAUCAAGCCUUUCGUACAGGUGGACAGGCAGGGCAGGAUGCCAAAUUCUUUUGGUUUGCAGGGAGCGGUGGGAGGGGAUCCUCUGAACCGCUCCUAGAAGGGCUUAACUUUCCUCUUUCAAAUGAGGGACACGCUGCUACAUUCGACUCCAGGCGCUCGGGGAGAAUGGCUAUUUUGCAGAUGUCGUCUUAAACCAGCACGGCAGAUUUUACGCUCGUAGGCAUACCAGGGGAAAGAAGAGGAAAAGAGUUGCCAAGGACUCUAAAUGAAAACAUGGCCAAUGGCAUUGAAGACCUUAUUGGGAUCCCAUUCCCAAACCAUAGCAGCGACGUCCUUUGUGGCUUGAACGAGCAGCGGCACAACGGCCUCCUCUGCGACGUCAUCCUCAUCGUCCAGGACCAAGAAUACCGGACCCACAAGUCUGUCCUGGCUGCCUGCAGCCAAUAUUUUAAGAAACUCUUCACUACCGGCACUUUAGCAGACCAGCCCUACGUUUACGAGAUAGACUUUGUCAAGCCUGAAGCACUUUCGGCAAUCCUGGAGUUUGCCUACACCUCGACGCUCACCAUCACCACCUCCAACGUCAAGCACAUCCUGAACGCGGCCAAGAUGCUGGAGAUCCAGUGCAUCAUCAACGUCUGCCUCGAAAUCAUGGAGCCCGGCAACGAGGAGGAGGAAAAGGAGGAGGAGGAGGAAGAAGAGGAGGAGGAAGAGGAGGACGAGGAGGAGGAAGCAGAAGACUUUGCAAGCCAGAACCUUACAGAUGUCCAAGACAUCAGCUGUCACCAAAGUCCUUCCAAAUCUGAGCUCGCUGAAGAAGCCUACUCGGAAACGCAGAGUGGCUUCUCCAACCACUUCCCCACCAAUAGCUCCAGCAGCUCACUGGGCGUGAUUAGAGACUUCUCCAUUGAGUCCCUCCUAAGGGAGAACUUGUACCCCAAAGCUAGCCUUCCAGAGCGGAGGCCAGCCCUGUCUCCGUUUGUGCCGGACCUCUUCCCUCACCUGUGGAACGGAGACUUUGGCACCUUCUCCCAAGUGGAGGAGCAGCAGGUGGAGAACAGCCCCCUGGACCUGGUGAUCCGAAAGAGGAAGAUCAAGGAGGAGGAGAAGGAAGAGCCCCCGCCUGCACCGUUCCCCAACAGCCUCUUCAAGGACAUGUUUGCCAACAGCCCAGCCGGCCACUUGGGCCACAUCAAGGCCGAAAACGACUAUAGCGCUUACCUGAACUUCCUCAGCGCCGCCCACUUUGGGGGGGUCUUUCCCCGGUGGCCGGAAGAAAGGAAGAUCAAGCCCAAAGCAUCCCAGCAGUGCCCCAUCUGCAACAAAAUCAUCAUGGGGGCAGGGAAGCUGCCGCGGCACAUGAGGACCCACACGGGAGAGAAGCCAUAUAUGUGCAAUAUCUGUGAAGUCCGAUUUACCAGGCAGGACAAGCUGAAGAUCCACAUGCGGAAGCACACCGGCGAGAGGCCCUACCUCUGCAUCCACUGCAACGCCAAAUUCGUCCACAACUACGACCUGAAGAACCACAUGCGCAUCCACACGGGCAUCCGCCCUUACCAGUGCAAGUUCUGCUACAAGAGCUUCACGCGCUCGGACCACCUGCACCGUCACAUCAAGCGCCAGAGCUGCCGGAUCUCCCGGCCCAGGAGGGGGCGCAAGCCGGCCACCUGGAGAGCGGCCAGUUUACUGUUUGCGCCCAACGGCCAGGCGGACGACAAGAGCUUCAUGGUGCCUCCGGCGCUGGAAGAGAUGAGCAGCCAUCUCGGCAGCGCGGCCCUGUGCCUUCCGGGCCCCAGCCCGAAGCAUUUUAUGGACGGGGCCAAGAGCGCCCUGAACCUACAAGAGCUGGAGAGCCAGUUUGAGGAAACUCAAAUGAAGCUGUUUGGGAGGACCCAUCUGGACAUGGAGCGGAACGGCGGCCUCUUUGCCUUUGCGCUGGGCCACAACGAGAGCCUCUCGGCCCGUCCGUACUUCUCCCUCCCUGACCCGUGGAGUACGGGGUUCAAUGGACUGGCGGGACUCAACCACCUCGGCCCCAUUUCCGAAGCUAGCAACUAAAGCCACCUUCUAGCCAAUGGAUGCUUUCGGCCCUCUUCAGCACUGCUGUGUCUCCCUCAUCAAGGGACCCAUCCAGGAUCAAGGACUUAAUUUUUUCUUACUGAAAGACUGUAUUGAAAAUUGAACUGCCUCCACAAACUGCCUAGUCUUGUUCAAAAUCCAACAAAACACAUCUUUUCUUUGCACCAAAUGGAUGUGGAGAA